AUGGGUGGAGCACCGACUACUGUUGGCACUUAUGAUGCUGCCCUUCAACGACGACAGGCCCUUAUGGGCGCCAGUGGUGCCAGAGCCCUGGUAAAGAACUGGAAGGUUUUCCGAAUUGCUGCGUUUGCCUGUAUUGGAGGUAUUCUUUAUGGUUACAACCAGGGAAUGUUCUCGGGUAUUCUCGUCAUGAAAUCUUUCGAGAGACAUAUGGGCGAUUAUGUCAAGAAUCAGACCAAAAAGGGUUGGCUUACAUCUAUUCUUGAGCUUGGUGCUUGGCUUGGUACUUUGAUGUCUGGUGCUAUCGCCGAGUUGUGUUCCAGAAAAUACGGUAUCCUCAUCGCCACAAGUGUUUUCAUUAUUGGUGUGAUCAUCCAGGUUACUGCUAUUGAAGUUGGACACAAUGCUAUUCUGGCCGGUCGUUUUAUCACGGGUAUGGGAGUCGGUAGUUUGUCAACUAUCGUUCCUCUGUACAACUCGGAAUGCGCUCCUCCUGAGGUUCGUGGUGCUCUUGUAGCUCUUCAGCAACUCGCCAUUACCUUUGGUAUCAUGGUUAGUUUCUGGAUCGACUAUGGAACUCACUUCAUCGGAGGUACCGGCGAGGGUCAAUCCGACGCCGCUUGGCUCAUUCCUAUUUGCCUCCAACUCGGGCCAGCUAUCAUUCUCUUCGCCGGAAUAAUGUGGAUGCCCUUCUCUCCUCGAUGGCUUACACACCAUAACAGAGAAGAAGAAGCUCGUCAAGUCUUGGCCAACCUUCGUGACCUUCCUACCGACCAUGAACUUAUUGAGCUAGAAUUCCUUGAAAUCAAGGCUCAGUCCCUAUUUGAGAAGAGGAGUUUGGCAGAGAAGUUCCCCCAUCUUCAGGAACAAACUGCCAUGAACACCAUUAAGCUUCAAUUUGUCGCUAUUGCUGCUCUCUUCAAGACAAAGGCCAUGUUUAAGCGUGUCAUUGUCGCAACAGUUACUAUGUUCUUCCAGCAAUGGACUGGUAUCAAUGCUAUCCUUUACUACGCCCCACAGAUCUUUGGGCAGCUCGGUCUAAGCAGCAACACUACCAGUCUUCUAGCAACUGGAGUCGUCGGUAUUGUCAUGUUUUUCGCUACUAUACCAGCUGUCUUGUGGAUCGAUCGUCUCGGUCGUAAACCUGUAUUGGCUGUCGGUGCCAUCGGUAUGGGUCUUUGUCAUCUCAUCAUUGCUGUUAUCCUCGCCAAGAAUAUUGACCAAUUCGAUACUCACCCUGCUGCUGGUUGGGGCGCCAUCUGUAUGGUUUGGUUAUUCGUGGUUCACUUUGGAUACUCUUGGGGUCCUUGUGCUUGGAUCAUCAUCGCCGAGAUUUGGCCUCUCAGUACUCGACCUUAUGGUGUGGCACUUGGUGCUUCAAGUAACUGGAUGAACAACUUUAUCGUCGGUCAAGUCACGCCUGAUAUGUUGGAAGGUAUCACAUACGGAACCUACAUCUUAUUCGGCCUCUUGACUAUGAUUGGUGCCGCAUUCAUCUGGUUCUUUGUCCCAGAGACUAAGCGUCUAUCACUCGAGGAGAUGGACAUCAUCUUUGGAUCCGAGGGAGCUGCUCAAGCUGACAACGAGAGAAUGGCCGAGAUCAACAGAGAGAUUGGUCUCGAUGAUCUCAUUUACCGCUCGGGACCAGUUCAUUCUCAUGAGGAUGUCAACGAUGUUAAGGAGGGUUGA